AUGACUAUGCAUUACCCGUUGCUGGUGUCCAACAUUCUCAACCGGGCCAGGACCGCCUUUGCCGACAAGGAAAUAAUCACCCGCACCGAGGACGGCACCCACCGCUACACCUACAAGGACAUGGGCGCCCGCGUUAACCGUCUGGCCAACGCCCUGUCCGCCCUGGGUGUCAAAAAGGGAGACCGCGUCGGUACCUUUGGCUGGAACACCUACCGCCACCUGGAGGCCUACUUCGCCUCUCCCAUCAUGGGCGCCGUCAACCACACCAUCAACAUCCGCCUCUUCCCCGACGAUCUCGUCUAUAUCAUCAACCACGCCGAGGACAAGGUGGUGCUCGUUGACCCCGAUCUUGUGCCUAUCCUUGAACCGCUGGCACCCCAGAUGGAGUCGGUGGAGCAUUUCAUAAUAAUGUCCGACGACCCUGAACCGGCCACCACUCUGCCCGGGGCCCUCUGCUACGAAACCCUGUUGGCCCAGGCAUCCGACGAGUUCACGCAGCCGGAAAUGGAUGAAUACGACCCGGCCGGCCUCUGCUACACCUCGGCCACCACCGGCCGGCCCAAGGGCGUGACCUAUACCCACCGCGCCCUUUACCUGCACAGCAUGGCCGAGUGCAUGGCCGAUACCUCAGCCUUCAGUGAGCGCGACACCACCAUGGCCAUGGUGCCCAUGUUCCACGCUAACUGCUGGGGCUUCCCCUAUUCCAGCACAAUGGUCGGAGCCAACCAGGUUAUGCCUGGCGUUCGCCCUGACCCUCAGGCCAUCUGCGAACUGUUCGAGGAACACAAGGUGACGUUGACCGCCGGUGUUCCCACCAUCUGGGUGGGGGUGCUGGACUACUUGGACCGUUCCGGCAAGACCUACGACUUUUCCUCGCUACGGGCUGUCAUCAGCGGUGGCUCGGCGGUUCCCGUCAGCGUCAUCAGGGCCUACAAGGAAAAGCUGGGCGUUGACCUGGUUCACGCCUAUGGCAUGACCGAGGCGACUCCCAUAGUUACCUACAACCGGGUCAAGACCCACCUGGAAGGUUUGCCUGAAGACGAAAAGUACGAACUGGCCGGCAGCCAGGGCCUGGUCGUGGCCGGUCUGGAGAUGAGGCUGGUGGACGAAAAUGGCGAAGACCUGCCCUGGGAUGGCGAGCAGCGCGGCGAGUUGCUGUUCCGCGGUCCUUGGGUCGCCCGCGAAUACUAUAACGACGAGCGCACUGCCGAGACUUACAUCGACGGCUGGUACCACAGCGGCGACAUCGCCUCGGUGAACCCGGAUGGUUAUAUCCAGAUCGGCGACCGCGUCAAGGAUAUGGUCAAGAGCGGUGGCGAAUGGAUUUCAUCGGUAGACCUGGAAACGGCCAUUAUCGCUCACCCCGACGUGCUGGAGGCGGCGGUCAUCGCCAUCCCUCACCCCACCUGGGUGGAGCGCCCCCUGGCCUGCGUGGUCCCGAGGGAGGACGCUCGCGACAGUCUCGACAGGGCCCAGGUAAUGGACUUCAUCCGCGACAAGUUCGCCCGCUGGUGGCUCCCCGACGACGUGGUCUUCAUCGACGAAAUCCCCAAGACCAGCGUGGGCAAGUUCGACAAGAAGGUGCUGCGGGACAGGUACCAGGACUACGUGGUGGGGGGGUAG